AUGGGAAACGGAAGCAUAUACAAAUCAAGCGGACGAAUAGAGAGUAACAGAGUAACGCAGAGAGCCUCGCUUGUUUUCUUUCUUCCUAGUUCGCCGGAGAUUCCCCGUCGUCGUCGUCGUUCGCUUAAGAUGGCUGGCAGGAUUCCUCACCCGGUGUUGAAAGGACCGAGCGUGAUGAAGGAGAUAGUGAUCGGGAUGGCGCUGGGGUUGGUUGCUGGUGGUUUCUGGAAGAUGCAUCACUGGAACGAGCAGAGGAAAGUGAGAUCGUUCUACGACAUGCUGGAGAAGGGCGAAAUCAGUGUCAUUGCACAAGAAUAGUUGGAUGAUACAUAUAUAGCGGAAUGAGCUCCAGCUCUAGCAGAAUGGGGGGGCUUCAGGAGCUUAAUUUUUAUGAAUUUGCAGUCUUCAAUAAACCUUCAACUCGCUAUGCAAUGCAAAUUUGCAUGUUGUUUGAGGAUGCCUUUUCGUUGUGGUUAUUGACAUUCAUUGUUUUGUUAGAUUUAGCUUGUUUUGAAACACCCUUUGUUGUUCAUUGUGUUCUCUUUAU